CCUCUCUCAGGAAUUUCGGUACAAGAGUAUCUGAACUAUUUUCGCGAAAAAAGAAAGAAGUCGCCAAGGAAGCUGAAGACGGUGCAGAUCAGAUUGAGAAAGUAAUCGACAAGAAAACCAACGAAGCUGCCGAGUUAGCUGAAGAAGUCAAAAAAGAUGGGAAAAACUUUGCAAAUGAUAUUGAAUAUGAAUAUUAUUAUCAAACAGCUGAUCAGAAAUGGCGGGAAACAGAAGCAGCUGUCGCUCAGAAAGUCAGAGAGACGGAAGAAGCUGCUGAAGCUAAGAGGAAGGCACUUGCAGAAGGAUUAAGGAAUACUGCGCAAAACAUUGACACUAAAAUCAAACAAACAGAAAGCGCUGUUCAACAAAAGGCAAAGGAGGCUGCUGAUGCGGCAGAAGCUAAGAAAAGAUCGUUAGCAGAAGGAGCGCUUACUGCCGCUCAAAGUAUUGAUAACAAAAUAAAAGAAACUGGGGAAGCUAUACAACGAACUGCUCGUGCAGCGUCUGAGGAAGCCGAGGCUAAGAAAAAAGCUCUUGCUGAAGGUGUCCAACAGACAGUUCGAAAUGUCGACAACAAAAUAAAAGAAACCGAAGAUAAAAUUGGAAACAAGGCUCGAGAAGCAGCCGAUGCAGCAGAAGCUAAGCGGCGAGCACUAGCAGAAGGCGUGCAGAACGCUGCUCAUAAUGUCGAUAACAAACUUAAAGAAACAGUAGAAGCGGCCGAAGCAAAAAGACAAGACAUAAUCCAAGGCACCCAGAACGUAGCUAGAAACAUCGACAACAAGCUUAGAGAAACUGAAGAUGUUUUGGCAAGAAAAGCUCGUGAAGCAACUGAAGCAGCGGAGGCUAAAAAGAGGGAACUUGCAGCAGGUGUUCAGAACGUAGCUCAUAAUGUUGAUAACAAAAUUCAUGAAGCGAAAAAUGCAGCAGAUGCCAAGAAACGUGAUCUUGUCGAAGGAGCCCAAAAUCUCGCUAGAAAUAUAGAUAGCAAAGUUCAUGAAACGGCAGAGGCUACUGAAGCUAAAAAAAGAGAAUUGAUUGAAGGGGCGCAGAACUUUACAAGAAGCAUCGACAAUAAAAUUCACGAGACAUCCGAAGCAGCUGAAGCUAAAAGACGAGAACUUGCUGCAGGAGCUCAGCAUUUGGCACAGAACGUAGCGCGAACAGUCGAUAACAAGGUGCAAGAAACAGCAGAAGCAGCUGAAGCGAAGAGGAAGGCCUUAGCAGAAGGAGCACUGAACGCCGCUAGAAACGUUGAUAACAGACUUCAUGAAACUGCUAGAGCAGCUGAAGCAAAGAAAGAUGAACUCGCCGAGGGAGCGAAAAAUUUUGCAGUAAAUGCAGCUAGAAACAUUGAUAACAAGCUACAUGAAUCCACCGAGGCAGCAGACGAGAAAAGAAGGCAGUUGGUUCAAGGUGCACAUAAUUUGGAGAAGGCAGCCCAAGAUAAACUCAACCAAGCAGCAUAUAAUAUCAAUACUGGAUUUCACAAUGCCGAAAUUUCAAUGGAUAAUAAGUUACGAGAAGCAGCCCAUAAAACGGAAAAUACGCUUCAGCAAGGAGCUGAUAAUUUACAAAAUGCCUUUGAUAAUACUGUCAAACAUACAAACAAUUUUGCCAAUCAACAGAAACAACAGAUGCAGGGUGGACUGCAACACUUUGGCCAGACCGUUGAUAACAAAAUGAUGGAAACUGGAAGAUUAAUGGACAACAAACUGCAGCAAGGAUUGAACUUACUUGAUGAUACCAGAAAUAAUCUUAACGAAGAUUUAGACGAGAGUAAUAAAAGAGCACAUGCCGGUCUCGAUGAAGCAACUGAUAUGGCUGCCAAUAUUUUCGGAAAGAGCCUAUUACCCCAAAAAUAAAAUGAUAGCGGAAACCUCUCAGAAAAAUACUUUAAAAAAUUAUUAUGACCUCGUAGUUUCGCGAUUAUCUCUUGAUUUACAAAUGCAGAAAAAUGUACGCUUUUCAGCUAUUGCUAUAAGUAUUACUUGAUAAAUCAUCGUCAAUUACCUGGUCCAAAGAUUGAUAUUAUUUGUUAUUACAUUGUAUGCUUCGUUAGUUCAUUGAGUAGAUUUAAUGUUUAUGAUUCAGUGUUGCGUCCAGUAGAUGUAUACGUUUCAUUUGUAUAAACUAACCCUAGAAAUUAUGAAUGUAUAUUUGAUCUUAUUCAUUACUUUGUCAAUAUUUCGGAAAUAAGACUCAAAUUCGUUAUUUUGAAACCCAAAAAGUUUUUUUUCUAAAUUGAAUAAAUUUAGUAGAAAUUCGCAAAAUUUUAUUUAAAAAAAAUAGCUUGAUUGAAAAUAUUUCAUUCACAUCAUUAACAAUGGGCAAAUUAUUUCAUGUGUACCCAGUGAUUCAUUUCUAUAUUCACUCGCAAUAGUAAAUGGAUUUGAACAAUGAACUUAGAUGUGACCAAAACGUAAUUAUUGAAUGUUGUUACAUAUGGUUUUAACGAACGGAAGAAAUAUGUGCCUAACUUUGUGGUAUCGAAUAGUGUAUUUUGGUAUUCCUAGAGUAUGGUCUUUAUAAAUAAAUAUGUAGAUACCAAACUCUCAUUCAACAAAUCCAAGAGUGAAAAGCGAAUAGUUCACUGACUCACAUUUUCUGUAGGUAAUACAUCUAUUUUUUAUACAGAUUCUAAUGUGCAAAGCAAAUAUUUUGCUAGUUAUUUAUUAUUCAGGAUUGCAUGAUAUUGUUGAUACAUUUUUUUAAUAUUUUUUAAUGAAUUGUUUUUAAUGUCUAUAAGAAUAAAGAAAACCAUUCUAGACUUUCA